GAUUCUGAGUAACAAUAAAAUAUCUGAGCUGAAGAAUGGCUCCUUUUCUGGCUUAAGUCUUCUUGAAAGAUUGGACCUCCGAAACAAUCUUAUUAGUAGUAUAGACCCUGGUGCCUUUUGGGGACUGUCUUCACUAAAACGAUUGGACUUGACGAACAACCGAAUAGGAUGUCUCAAUGCAGACAUAUUUCGAGGACUCACAAACCUGGUCAGGCUAAAUCUUUCAGGGAAUUUGUUUUCUUCAUUAUCUCAAGGCACUUUCGAUUAUCUUGGCUCCUUACGGUCUUUGGAAUUUCAGACCGAGUAUCUGCUGUGUGAUUGCAACAUCCUGUGGAUGCACCGCUGGGUGAGGGAGAGGAACAUCACUGUGCGGGACACCAGGUGCGUCUACCCCAGGUCCCUGCAGGCCCAGCCAGUCACGGGCGUGAAGCAGGAGCUGCUGACGUGCGAUCCUCCCCUGGAGUUGCCGUCCUUCUACAUGAGCCCGUCGCACCGUCAGGUCGUGUUCGAAGGCGACAGCCUGCCCUUCCAGUGCAUGGCCUCCUACAUCGACCAGGACAUGCAGGUGUUAUGGUACCAGGACGGGCGCAUCGUGGACACCGACGAGUCGCAGGGCAUCUUCGUGGAGAAGAACAUGAUUCACAACUGCUCGCUGAUUGCGAGUGCCCUAACCAUUUCUAAUAUUCAGGCUGGAUCUACCGGAAACUGGGGCUGUCACGUGCAGACCAAGCGUGGGAACAACACGAGGACCGUCGACAUCGUGGUACUAGAAAGCUCCGCGCAGUACUGUCCUCCGGAGAGGGUGGUCAACAAUAAAGGGGACUUCAGGUGGCCCAGGACGCUGGCCGGCAUCACCGCGUACCUGCAGUGCACCCGGAACAGCCACGGCAGCGGCAUCUACCCCGGCAGCCCCCAGGACGAGAGGCGGGCAUGGCGCAGGUGUGACCGAGGCGGCUUCUGGGCAGAUGAGGAUUAUUCUCGCUGCCAGUAUGCCAACGACGUCACCAGGGUGCUGUACAUGUUUAAUCAGAUGCCCCUCAACCUCACGAACGCCGUGGCCACAGCCCGGCAGCUGCUGGCCUACACUGUGGAGGCAGCCAACUUCUCUGACAAGAUGGAUGUUAUAUUUGUGGCCGAAAUGAUAGAAAAAUUUGGAAGAUUUACUAAAGAGGAAAAGUCGAAAGAGCUUGGUGAUGUGAUGGUUGACAUCGCAAGUAACAUCAUGCUGGCCGAUGAGCGUGUCCUGUGGUUGGCACAGAAGGAAGCCCGAGCCUGCAGCAGGAUCGCCCAGUGCCUGCAGCGUGUUGCCACCUACCGGCUGGCCAACGGGGCGCACGUGUAUUCCACGUUUUCCCCCAAUAUUGCCCUGGAAGCGUAUGUCAUCAAGGCCGCUGGCUUCACGGGGAUGACCUGCACCGUGUUCCAGAAAGUGGCAACGCCUGACCGUUCGGGCCUGUCCGAUUACGGGAGGCGGGAUCCCGACGGAAACCUGGACAAGCAGCUGAGCUUUAAAUGCAACGUUUCCAACACGUUCUCGAGUCUGGCACUGAAGAAUACCAUUGUGGAGGCUUCUAUUCAACUUCCUCCAUCCCUUUUCUCACCGAAGCAAAAAAGAGAAAUCCGACCGGCCGACGACUCUGUCUAUAAGCUUCAGCUCAUCGCGUUCCGUAAUGGGAAGCUUUUCCCAGCCACAGGAAAUUCAACGCAUUUGGCUGACGGUGGAAAACGGCGCACUGUGGUCACCCCGGUGAUUCUCACCAAAAUAGACGGUGUGAAUGUCGACACCCACCACAUCCCCGUUAAUGUGACGCUGCGUCGGAUUGCACACGGGGCAGAUGCCGUCGCCGCCCAGUGGGACUUCGAUUUGCUGAAUGGACAAGGAGGCUGGAAGUCCGACGGGUGCCGAAUACUGCACUCGGACGAGAACGUCACCACCAUGCAGUGCUCCUCGCUCAGCAACUAUGCGGUGAUUUGACUGGAUCUGAGCUCUACACCCAGGCAGCCAGCCUCCUGCACCCUGUGGUUUACACCACCGCCGUCAUUCUGCUCCUGUGUCUCUUCGCCGUCGUGGUCAGUUACACGUACCAUCACAGCUUGAUCCGAAUCAGCCUCAAGAGCUGGCAUAUGCUCGUGAACUUGUGCGUCCAUGUUUUUCUGACCUGCGUGGUCUUCGUGGGAGGAAUAACCCAGACCCGAAAUGCCAGUGUCUGCCAAGCAGUUGGGAUAGUUCUUCAUUAUUCCACUCUUGCCACGGUACUUUGGGUGGGAGUGACAGCUCGGAAUAUCUAUAAGCAAGUCACUAAAAAAGCUAAAAGAUGCCAGGAUCCCGAAGAACCACCACCUCCACCAAGGCCAAUGCUGAGGUUUUACCUGAUCGGUGGUGGCAUCCCCAUCAUAGUCUGUGGGAUAACCGCAGCAGCAAACAUCAAGAAUUACGGAAGUCGGCCAAAUGCACCCUAUUGCUGGAUGGCGUGGGAGCCCUCCUUGGGAGCGUUCUAUGGGCCCGCCAGCUUCAUCACUUUUGUAAACUGUAUGUACUUCCUAAGCAUAUUUAUUCAGUUGAAAAGACACCCUGAGCGCAAAUAUGAGCUUAAGGAACCCACGGAGGAGCAGCAGAGGUUGGCAGCCAAUGAAAAUGGUGAAAUAAAUCAUCAGGAUUCUCUGUCUUUGUCUCUGAUUUCUACAUCGGCGUUGGAAAACGAGCACACUUUUCACUCUCAGCUCUUGGGAGUUAGCCUCACUUUGCUCCUGUAUGUCGCUUUGUGGAUGUUUGGGGCUCUGGCCGUCUCCUUGUAUUACCCUUUGGACUUGGUUUUCAGCUUCUUUUUUGGAGCCACGUGUUUGAGCUUCAGCGCGUUCAUGGUGGUUCACCACUGCGUCCACAGAGAGGAUGUUAGGCUCGCGUGGGUCACGUCCUGCUGUCCGGGACGGAGCUCAUAUUCAGUGCAAGUCAACAUCCCGCCCCCAAACACCAGUGGGACAAAUGGAGAGGCUCCCAAGUGCACUAAUAGCAGUGCAGAGUCCUCGUGCACGAACAAAAGUGCUUCGAGCUUCAAAAACUCCUCCCAGGGCUGCAAACUUACCAACUUGCAGGCUGCUGCAGCUCAGUGUCAUACCUCUUCUUUGCCUUUGAACUCCACGCCUCAGCUUGAUAACAGCCUGACUGAACAUUCGGUGGACAAUGACAUUAAAAUGCAUGUGGCGCCUUUAGAAGUUCAGUUUCGAACAAAUGUGCACUCGAGCCGCCAUCAUAAAAACAGAAGUAAAGGACACCGGGCCAGCAGACUCACGGUCCUUCGAGAAUACGCCUACGACGUCCCCACGAGUGUGGAGGGGAGUGUGCAGAACGGCUUGCCGAAAAGUCGGCCAGGUAGUAACAAUGGACACUCGAGGAGCCGGAGAGCUUACUUGGCCUACAGGGAGAGACAGUGCAACCCACCCCAGCAAGACAGCAGUGACGCGUGUAGCACGCUUCCCAAAAGCAGC